AUGCAGUCUAUCAGACUAUUAAAUUUGCUACCAAGAAGAUGUUUGACUGUAUACUCAUUACGACUAGUUAGUACGACAAAUUCAUCACCACCACAUAAUCCCGAUAGUAAAACUCAGAAAACUGUAGAAUGUAUUAAAAAUGAAAAGAAAAAGUCUACGGGAACUAUCUACAAUGUACCAGAGUACUAUGAACAUAAAACAUUUUGUUUUUACGACUUGGAGAUACAACUAAAAGGAUUUCGAUUACCACAACCUAAUCCUUCAUGA